AUGAGCAGCUCCUCCCAGUCCCUCGAGCUGCUCUUCAGCUUCCUCUCCCGCUCCUACGCCGCUGCGGAGACCAACUUCUUCAAGAUCCCCGGCUCCGCUGUCGUCGCCCGCUAUGUCCAGUCGUCCCACCAGAACGACCCCGGCCGCACUCUGCUCGAGGUUCUCCUCGUCAUCCUCGCCAUCCGCACUCUCCUCCAGUCGCGUACUCGUAGCGAGGAGUCAGGCAAACACUUCAUCCAGUUCGACGAGAAGGAAAUCGACGACCUUGUAGUUGAAUGGACACCGGAACCUCUGGCUCAGCCUCUCACCGCUGAAGAACGCGCCGACCUCGACGCCGUCCCCGUCAUCGCUGGCCCCACUGGUCCUAAGCCCAAACUUACGUCAGGCAAGACUGUCAUCAACCUUGCCAGCUACAAUUUCACUGGUCUUGCCGGCAACGAGGAGCUCAAGAGCGCCGCCGUUGAGACGGUGAGGAAGUACGGCCUGGGAAGCUGUGGUCCCCCGGGUUUCUACGGCACCCAAGAUGUGCACAUCCAGCUUGAACGCGACAUUGCGGACUUCCUCGGUACAGAGGCGGCCAUCUGUUAUUCGCAGUCCUUUUCCACCAUCCCCUCCGUCAUUCCGGCCUUCUGCAAGCGUGGUGAUGUCAUCGUCGCCGACCGCGGUGUCAACUUCGCCAUCCAAAAGGGCCUGCAGAUUUCUCGCUCGAAUGUACGCUGGUUCGACCACAACGACAUGGACAGUCUCGUGCACGUCUUGGAGGGCAUUGAGAAGGAUCGCAAGAAGCGCGGGGCGCCUCUCACUCGCCGGUUCAUCGUGACGGAAGGUAUCUUUGACCACGACGGUAGCAUGUCGGACCUCCCGAAGCUGAUCGAACUCAAGAAGAAGUACAAGUACCGCCUCAUCCUCGACGAGAGCGUCUCCUUCGGUAGCGUCGGGCGUACUGGUCGUGGUCUCACCGAGCUUUACAACGUUCCUGCGUCCGAGGUAGACAUGUUGGUUGGAUCGGUUGCGAACGGCCUCUCAACCUGCGGUGGUUUUUGUGCUGGGUCCGACAUCGUCGUCGACCAUCAGCGCAUCAACGGCACCUCCUUCGUCUUCUCCGCUUCCAUGCCCCCGGCGCUCGUCGUCGCUGCCGCCGAGGGAAUCAACAUCCUCCGCUCCACGCCCUCCAUCUUCACGACCCUUCAAGACAAUGUCCGCGCCGUCCGCGCCGUGCUCACCGCCGGCGACUACAUGGCCAUUCCCUCGCACCCCGCGUCCGCCGUGAUCCACAUCCACAUCAAGUGGCCGACGCUGCAGGUCCACCCGCCCGCCGCGACGAGCAAGCCGUCGAACCCGCUCUCGGCCAAGCCGCGUGAGGCGCCGCACUGGGACAUCGCGCUCGAGGAGCGCCUCUUGCAGGACAUCGUCGAGGAGGCCCUGGCGCAGGGCGUGAUGAUCACGCGCGCGAAGCGGCUUCGCGGCCAGGAGCUCACCGACGCGCGGCCGAGCAUUAGGCUCGCGGUCACCGCGGCGCUGUCGCGUAAGGACUGCGAGAAGGCGGCGGGCGUGGUGAGGGCGGCGUUCGCGAAGGUGAUUGGGAAGAGGCGGUAG